CCCAAAAGUGAGUAGCUGAAACCAUCAAGUGGACUCUAAAAAAAAACACAAAAAAAUACAAGAUUGGGAACCUCACAGGGAAGAGCCAAAGAAUUUCACCAAGAUGGAGGAGUGUGAGAGUCUGGAUACGGAGAUGACGGAGCUGCAGGGGUUUCAGAGUGAGACCAACAGCCAGGACGAUGAGGACGAGGUGGAGGAACUACAGAACAGUCUUCGAGAGGUUGUCCAGGACCCAUCUGUGAAGCCCAAACUCCAGUGCCUGAUGGUGGAUCCAUCCUUCUCCAUGGUGACUGUGCAGAGUGAGGACAGCGGGAUUGUUUGGGAGACAGCCUCCAGUCGCUGCUCCACGCCCUGGGCCUCUGAGACCAGCUCUACCUCUGAGGCCUACAGCAUGGAGGGAUCCGCAGCUGCAGGGAAGAUCACCAUCGUCUUUGAUGAGGAGAAAAUCGUUCGCAGAAGAACCAGGUCUGGAGGAAGGAGCAGCAGGUUGGGCGACCGGCUGAGCCGACCUGGGAGCUCGAGAUCGGCUUCAGCUCUGGGCGUGGAGAGACCGGAGAUGGCUGAGGUGUCUCUGCCUAAUGUGAAACAGGAGAAAACUCCAGCAGAACCAGACCUAGAGGAGUUAAAAGACAAAGAUCAGCAGCUGUUUAGUUUGAUUUCAGAGGGUUAUGAGAUUCUUAACAUCAGAGUGCCUUCAAAACUUCCCACCGUGGAUGAGGAGGAGAGCACAGAGCUGCAGGACAAUCUGUCUUAUUUGGACCAGACUCCAAAGAUCCGCUCCAAAAACCACUAUGACUGGGCGCUAAAUCAUGUCCAGCCAGAGGAUGGGGAAAUACUGGAUCGCAAAGAGCCAUCAGAGCAAGACACAUCUCAGUCCCCAACAGACACGGAGCUCAGUAAAACACCCACUCCGAAAGAGAGCAGCGGUGACAUCGACUACUUUGAGAAGUUCACCCUACUUGAUGUCAGUGCUUCGGGAGAUAAAACUCCAGAGCGGCAGGAGGAAGCAGAAAGACCUGCAGUAAAGCCCAAAGAAGAGGAGCAAAAGCCUGCUGCAGAGACAGCCACAGACAGCCCCUCUGCAUCUGAAGAGUCUUUUGUCUUUGUGACAGAUGAGGAGAUAGUCGGGGAACACCUGGAUGAGGUCUUCUAUGGAGAGGGUGCUCCUCCUGAUGCUCUACAGAGGAGAGACAAUGAGGAGGCGGAGAUUGGAAGAAUGAGAAUGAGACGAGAGAGUCAAAGAUCUCUGAAGGAGAGUGGUUCGGUGUUGUUUGGGAGUCAAGAAACAAUCCUCACGCCCAUCUUCAUCUCCCCCGGGCCCCCUAAGAUCAUCGACCCCAUCCUGCUAGAGGAGCCCACUGCCAUGUCCUUCAUGUAUUCUGACUUGUAUGAAGAUGCUGUUGGCGAGAGAAGGAGGAGCGACGAGGAAUGCUCAGAGGCAGAGAGCGUAGCAUCUGAGAAGUCUUACAGAAGGCGUUUCUCGGACUCAGAGGAGACUGACGGGUAUCUGGAGAAGUUUACUUUGAAGGAUGAAACUCCUGCUGUCGAGGAUCGACCGGGGUCGACGGGGGAACAACCUGAGGGGAGGAUGAUGUGGUCGCAGAAUAAGUUUGAGAUGACAGGAUGUUUGACUCGAGUGGUCCAGAAAGAGGACAAGGUAAAGUCGGAGAUGCCAGAGACACAGGAGGUCAGUGGAGAAAAGGGUGCAGACUUGGGGUUACAAACAACAGAAGAAAAAAAAGAAGAAGUUGCAGAGACAGCAGAAGAGAUGGAGGAUAUAAAACUCUCCCCGGUGGCUGACGAAGAGUCUGUUCAAGAGGCAAAACCAUCAGGGGAUCUCAUGGAGGUUCAAGAAGUCAAAGAUGAUUCCAGUGAGCCUCUUGGGAUCAUCACUGAUGAACCACUUCCUGAAAUUCAACAGGUGGGUGCUAAAAAUGAGAAAACUGAAGAGAGAGAGGAGCGUCAAGGAGAGGAAACAGUGACUGAGCCUGUCAUUGAAACUACAGAAAAAGUUUCCAAGAUGGACUUAAGUGCUGCAGAGGAGACAGCUGCCAAUGAAUCUGAAAUACCAUCUGAGAAGAGUUUGUCUGAAGACGCGCCCACUGCAGAAAAAGUCAUAACUGAGCCUGAGACUGAAGUACAAGAAAAGUCGAGUCCUUCUGAAGCUCAAACAUCACUGAUUGAAGAGAAAGAUGCUGCAGAAGAUGCAACACCUGUCCAAGUAACAACUGACUGUGAUUCUUCAGUGCAUGCUGUAGUAGAGGUGAUUGAAAAAGCAGUGGAUGAAAAGGAGAUUCAAACCCAAGUUCAGAUUGAUCUUCAGGAGGUAAAAAGAUUUGAGACAACAGAAGCUGCAGAAGAGGAAUGUGAAGUUAAAACAGAGGAAGCUGCAACUGAGAGCCAGGUGAAUGAAACUAUUACUGACACAGAGCAGGAGUCAGAGGUAAAAACGGAGAUCCCAUGUGAACCAGAGGAAAUAAAGCCAGACACAGAUGAAAACCAGCUUGAGUCAAAGCAGCAAGAAGAAGCACAACAAGCUAAGGUGGAAUCCGACCAAACAAAGCUGAGAAGUGAGUCCAGAGAGGAGACCCCCACAGUGAGCGCUGGGACAGUCGUCCAGGAGAUGGUGAGCGUGGGUGAUGAGCUAAUCGUUCUCGUCCCUAAAGGACAAGCGGUAGAGAUGGACAUAGAGGUCAGUCCACCAGAGAAGACUCCAGCUAUUCCUGAACAUCUCAUAUCGUCUGAAUCUAUUACAGUGGGCCCAGAGAGUCCUCAGGAAACAAGAGCAGAGCCUAAGCAAGGAGCAGAACCAGAAGAUGCUCCAAAGGAUGAAGUUCUACCAAGAGGUGAGGUUGACGACAGGUUCAUUCCUCCUGUCCCAGUGGAGGAGGCAGACACAGAGCAGAAGAUGGAUCAAGAGGCAGAAGGACAAGCUGUCAAGAUGAUCAGUCCUUUAGAGAUGACUCCAGCUACCCCUGAACAUCUCUUAUCACCUGAAUCUAUUGCAGUGGGCCAAGAGAGUCUUCAGGAACAUCUUGAGGAAACAAGAGCAGAGCCUAAGCAAAAAGCAGAACCAGAAGAUGCUCCAAAGGAUGAAGUUCUACCAAGAAGUGAGGUUGAUGACAGGUUUAUUCCUCCUGUUCCUGUGGAGGAGGCCGACACAGAGCAGAAGAUGGAUCAAGAGAUAGAGGGGGAAGCUGGAGACAUGACCAGUCCUUUAGAGAUGACUCCAGCUACCCCUGAACAUCUCUUAUCACCUGAAGCAGAACCACAAGUUGUUCCAAAGGAUGAAGUUCCACUGAGAAGUGCGGCUGAAGAACAGUACAUUCCUCCUGUUCUUAUGGAGAAGGCUGUAGAGAUGAAUGCAGAGAUCAGUCCUUCAGAUGAAACUCCAGCGACCCCUGAACCUGUCAGCACAUGUGAAUAUAUAUCACCUGAAUCUAUCAUGGUAAGCCAAGAGAGACUCCAGGAACCACUUAAGGAAACAAUAACAGAGCCUGAACUAGUAGCAGAACCAGAAGAUGCUUCGAAGGAUGGAAUUCUACCAAGAAAUGAGUUUGAUGAUCGAUAUUCUCCUGCAGUAUCUGUGGAGGAAGUUGACACAGAGGAGCAGAUGACCAGGCAAGGCUUUGAGGAAGACGAGGGUGUAUUUUCACGUCUGAGGAGCUUUACCCCUCUGGAGGAUUUGUCCGGGCUACACAGAGAAGAUCUGCUGUCAGAGGAACCGGAGAUUGAACAAGGAGAGGACAUCAACAAGGUGGAGGACAUCCCAGAAACCGUUAUGGAGGAUUCAAGACCAGAGAUCAGCCUUCAAAGAGAGGAGGAAGAGCAAAAAAUGGACCCAGAUGAGACAGUUGUAGUGGAUGCUCCAGAGGUCACUGUGGAGGAGUUUGGAUAUGAGAUGAUCUUUGAACAGGAUGCAAAAGAGAUGCCACAACUGGAGACACAAAGAGAUAAAGAGGAGCCAAAAGGUGAGUUAGAUCAGGAGAGAGAGGAGAGGAUGGAUGUAGAGACUGAGGUAGAGAUGGAGAAGAAGGGGGAAGUGUUUGAUCUGUCACCAGAAGAAGAGCUCAUCGAGGCUGAUUAUGACAUCAUCGAUGCUGAGGAGGAGAGUCAGGCCAGACUGGCAGCUGAGCUGCAGGGGAUGGACUGGUUCUGUUUCCCCUGUGGAUGUCUGCUGUCAGCGGACGACUGUUCAUCUGGAGAGCAUCACAACCAUGAGGUGACGGCUGUGGAUCAAGCAUAUGAGGAAAUUAAGGAGAGGCUGGGGGAUUGGAUCUCAGAGCUGCAAGGAAGGUCAGAGAACAUCGAGGACCUUGUUUCUGAGCUUGAACUGGGCUACAACUCUGUAGAGGACCAGUGUGUGGAGUGUGAGGCGGCGAUGCAGGCCCAGAAUGAUGAGAUGAUGGCUCUGGUGAUGGAGCAGUACAACAGCAUGUCGGUCAGCAUGGAGGAGGAGAAGAAGGCCAAGCUGGAGCAGCUUUACGACCAGAUCGUUUCUUUCCAGGAGAGCAUCGACUCUGCCAAAGCCACUCUGGAGACCACGGUCAGAGAGGCUGAGACUGAUGCACGAUCACCUGAAGACAUUCAAUCAAGGUUAAAGGCAGCUCUGGACUCAGCCAUGUCACUGGAGCUUGGUCCCAGAGGACUGCUGGUGUUUGAGGACUACGCCAAGGGCAACACUUCCAGCUCUCAUCUCGCACAGCGCAAAGGAAUCCCAGUGCCUCAGAGGCCCACGCUGCAGCCUCAGGAGGCGGGUUCUGCCUCCAGCACCAGUGUCACCGUGUACUGGAAAGUUAACCCCGGAGAUAUUAUCGACUGCUUCCAGGUCUACUGCAUGGAGGACCCACAGGGAGCUGUGUCGGAGGAGUACCGAGUCACUGUGAAGGAGAGUUAUUGUGUCCUGGAGGAGCUGGAGCCUGACAAAACCUACAAGGUGUGGGUGAUGGCUGUCAACUACACCGGCUGCUCUCUGCCCAGCGAGAGACUGUCCUUCAGAACUGCUCCAUCAGUGCCAGUGAUCGACACAGAGCGCUGUGCAGUCAUGUGGGAUUCAGCCACUCUGAGAUGGAGCUCGGCUAAUCAGAGUCCAGAGCAAAGUUUCACCUUGGAGUACUGCCGCCAGUAUGAACUAGAAGGGGAAGGGCUCAGGACGAUUUCAGGUAUCAAAAGCUGUGAACAGAAGGUUCUCUUGCAGCCCAACGAGAAUUAUCUUUUCUACAUCAAAGCUGUAAAUGAGGCUGGAGCCAGCGAACAGAGCGAGGCUGCUCUCAUUUCAACCAAAGGAACAAAGUUCGGCCUGCUGAAAGCCACAGCUCACCCAGCUCUGGAGCUGUCAGUAGAUGAGACCACUGUGCACUACUGUCAGGACACACCUGAAAACUCACCUACUGUAGACAAACUUUGUCCAUCAAUCCUGGGUGAGCUAUUGCCAUGUAAGGGGCAAUAUUACUGGGAGACCAUUGUAUCAGGAAGCACAGCUUACAGGCUUGGAGUGGCAUACAGCUCAGCCAAUAGAGACAGCCCACUGGGGGAAAACAGUCAGUCAUGGUGUUUUCAAUGUAUCCCUACACCAUCAGGCUGCAGGUAUCAGCUGCUCCACAAUGACGUUCAGUCCAGUGUGUUUGUGAUUGACAUGCCUGAGCAAGUGGGGAUCCUCCUGGAUUAUCAGCUCAGUCGUCUUUCCUUCUUCAACUCCCAGACCGGUCAGUUGUUAGGAGCUUUCUACCAGCACUUCGCCCAGCCGUGCCACCCUGCACUUGCCCUGGAGAUGCCGGGUCGUCUGGAGGUCAGCAUGGUGCCGGAGGUACCAGAGUUUACAAAGGACAGCUAGUUCUGGUACCAGCCUCACACAGUGGGGCAUUUACAAAUCAUAAUGGACAUGCAUUGAUUUGUUUAUUGAAUGGACUACACUGAAAACGGCAGACAUGAUAGAAAAUAAAACAUAAUUAUCUCACAGUAAAGGCCAAAAUCUUACUUGACCCCUGUCUUCUUAAGUCCUCAGUGAUGGUUUUGUGUGUUUUUUGUGCGAUCCCACAUAAUAGAAAUUUGAUUUUAACUCUAUUUGUGAAAUAGAAAUGUAAUUGUACAUAUAAAAAAAAACACUGGUGAUGACUGAUGAUGGAGAGAGAAUCAUGUCUUUGUUUGUUUUUAAGAGGAUGAGGAAAAAAUGUGGAUCAUUUUGUAAAUUUGACCACAACGUGAGCUGAGGUGAUAGUUUUGUACUUUUGUAAAUGUUUUGUGAUUAACUCUCUUCUUUAUUUAAAAGAUUUCUUGUAUUGUCUUUGGGUAAGGGCUUGACUUCAAAUCGUGUUAUUAAAACAUGCCAUCACUACUUAUUCAAGGCCUCUUUUAGUGCAAAGUUUUAAAUGUUUAAUAGCUCCAACAAAAAUUCUGUAGCACUUUGAACUUUGUCUCAUAUUAAAUUGUGUAAAUACCUAUUUAAAAAGAUGUGAUCAUGAUAUAUUUUGUCUUAUUCUGUCCACAGAGAGUUUAGAUGAAUUGUUUUCUUGUUCCAGUGUUGUAUGCUUGUUUUUGUGUCUGUACUAGAUGCACAGGCUUAUUUUUCUAAUGUUUUAUAACAGCUCUUAAGUUUUUUCUGACUUACCACUAGAGGGCGUCAGUGCUCCAUUAGGUGUGGUACUGACUUCAUAUCAGCCAGAAUGUGUUAAAACGAUGUCCUUCAUUGUGCAACUUUCUAUAUGGAGAUGAACUGGAUUGAUACCUUUUGAAUGAUUUCCAAAACUCUUAAGUAGUUGUGCAGUUACCUUAAAAAGCUCUAUAAAAAUCUAUAUCUUUAUAAACCAACAGCCAAUGACAUUAUCUCAAAUGUCCAGUUUUUCCGUUGUCUUUGUAAACAUGCAAAGCUCUCACUGACAUUUUCCGUUGCUGCUCUCACUAACAUGGAUGUAAAUACUGUAAAUUACUGUCAUAGUAGGAAUUAAAAUGUGCACAAAACA